GCAGUGCAGCUGUCUCGGCUCCUCGCUCCGUCGACGUCAGGCGGAGUUUGCGUCUGCGUGAACACGGAAAGGCAGACUAGUUAACGCGGAAACCAGAAGACCAGAACCGACCUUUACCGGCCGCCGUUUGUCGGUCCUUCCGCACCGAAUGGCGGAAGAGAGCCAAUCGGUUGUUAGUGUCAUCCCCGAGGACGAAGGGAAAGAAAAGUUCAAGAAGAGUGAAAAUGUUGCUUUCUACAGGCGACAGAUCCAGGGACCAAACUUGCAGCACAGAGCCCUUUUGGAUACGAUGGUGCUGACGGAGAAGGGGGCUCGCUUUGAACUGUUGGACCCCGACACACAGACCACGCUGCUUCUUUGUCUGUCGCCUUGCGAAAACGACACGGUGAGGAUACUAAUAGACGAACUGCAGCCCAUCAAAGCCCGCUACCGAGUUCCAGAUGUGCUAACGGGGGAACCGCAGUGUGCUCGGCUGAGAGUGGAGAGACAGUCCGAGGACUCGGUCACGCUGUCUUGGUCUGCGGGGCGUCACCAGGUUUGCGUUUGGCGCUUCCCUUUCCGACUGGAGAUCCUGUGUGAAGACAAAGUGACGGUCACCUUCAACUCCAAAGGCAAACUGUGGUUUGAGGCGCUGCAGGAUCCACCCAGUGAGGUAAGAGAAUACCUUCAAACAGAAACAGGUCCCAGCAGCAUCGGGUCCGACCUCUGUCUCCACGGGUUCAGCCACGCGUACGGCCUACCAGAGCACGCCGACGGCCUUCGGCUCAGCGACACCAGUGACGGGGACCCUUACCGGCUCUACAACCUGGACGUCUUUGCGUACGACUUGCACAGCCGCCUCGGCCUGUACGGCUCCGUUCCGCUGUUAGUGGCCCACAGAGCGGACAGGACUUUGGGCGUGUUGUGGCUGAAUGCCUCUGAGACGUUCGUUAACGUCGGUUACAGCACGUCGGCUCCUCGGGAUGGCCAAUCUCCCCCACUGAAGACGAGGCGCAUGGAGCCACAGACUGACGUUCACUGGCUGUCAGAAAGUGGUGUGAUUGACUGCGUGGUUCUGCUCGGGCCCGGUCCACAGCAGCUGUUCACCCAGUACGCUCAGCUGACCGGAUAUCAAGCCCUGCCCCCUUUGUUUGCCCUGGGGUACCACCAGAGCCGCUGGAACUACGACGAUGAGGCUGACGUGAAGGCUGUGGACGCUGGAUUCGAUCGCCACGACAUCCCGUACGACGUCAUCUGACUGGAUAUCGAGCACACGGAGGGGAAGCGUUACUUCACCUGGGACCCCGCGCUUUUCCCCGAACCGGCCAACCUGCAGCGCCACCUGGAGGAGAGGAAGAGGAAGUUGGUCGUGAUAAGCGAUCCUCACAUCAAGAUGGACCCCGGUUGGUGGUUGUCUAAUGAGGCCAGAGAUGGGGGGCAUUUGGUCAAGAACAGAGACGGGCAGAUCUAUAUUGGAACCUGUUGGCCUGGUGAUUCCAAUUAUAUCGACUUCAGCAGUGCAGACACUCGAGCGUGGUACUCUAGAUGUUUCAGCCUUGAUAAGUACAAAGGAUCGACACCAUCGCUAUUUGUGUGGAAUGAUAUGAACGAACCGUCUGUUUUUGACGGGCCGGAGCAAACGAUGCCCAAGGACGCAGUGCAUUCUGGGGGGUGGGAGCACCGUGAACUGCACAACCUGUACGGCUUCUACCAGCACAUGGCCACAGCGGAGGGUCUGAUUACUCGCUCAGGCGGCUCAGAGAGACCGUUCGUCCUUUCGCGCUCCUUCUUUGCUGGGUCACAGAGACUCGGGGCAGUAUGGACAGGUGACAACGUUGCCAGCUGGGAGUAUUUGCGUAUCUCCAUUCCGAUGCUUCUGUCUCUGAGCGUGACGGGAAUCGCAUUUUGCGGAGCUGACGUCGGCGGGUUCGUUCAGGACCCGGAGCCCGAGUUGCUGCUGCGCUGGUACCAGGCGGCCGCCCUGCAGCCGUUCUUCAGAGGCCACUCUGCAAAGGGGACGAAGCGCCGGGAGCCCUGGCUGUUUGGGGACAAAGUCACCGCCGCCAUCCGCGCGGCCGUCCAACAGAGGUACUGUUUGCUGCCUUACUGGUAUACUCUGUUCCACCUGGCUCACACCACAGGUCUGCCUCCACUCAGACCUCUCUGGGUGGAGUUCCCAGGAGAACAAAGCACCUUCGCUGUGGACCACCAGUAUAUGAUUGGUGGAGCACUGCUGGCCAGUCCUGUAACCGAGCCACGUGUUCAAGAAGUGCGAGUCCUCCUUCCUGGAUCUGGUGAGGUUUGGUAUGACGUCCACACUGCAAAGGCGCAUAGAGGAGGCCGGACUCUGAGUGUCCCCGUCACGCUGGACACAGUUCCUGUGUUCCAGCGUGGCGGCUCGGUGGUCUGCAGGUCAACAGGAAGUGGUUCCUGCACAGCCGAACAGCAGCAGCUCCCCCUCUCCAUCACGGUGGCCCUGAACUCUGAGGGACUCGCCGAUGGGGAGUUGUACAUGGACGACGGCCACUCGUUCGCCUACCGGGACAGAAAGGCCUUCUGCCUGCGCAGGUUCAGCCUGCUGUCAGGCCGUCUGCUCUGCCGUUCCGGCGGUGAAGAAGGAACCUUUGACUGCGACGCCGUCGUUCAGUCCGUCUCCGUCCUGGGCCUGAGGAGCAAACCCUCCACUGUGGUGCUGCACGUGUCUGGCGCCAGAGACUCCUCUGCUGCGUUUGAGUGGACGGAGACCAGCUGCAUGCUGACUGUGAACGGGCUGAAGCUCAGAGUGGCGAUGGACUGGGAGAUGGAGAUACAAGAACGUUAACCGUGAACACGGAACCAUGCCGCAGUUUGUUUUUAUUAGGAGGUACAACAUUUAUUACAUAGAUAUGUCAAAGCUGCAAAAGGGGCUGCAUGAACCACUCCAUGAUUAUGUUUUAAUUAUUUGACUUGUUUUGAACCUUUGAACAUUGUUUUUUGUUAUUUCUUUACAACCUUUAAAGAUGCAUGUUAAUACUUCUGCUACAUCAAGUACUGUAAUUGAUUUAAAUACGGGUCCCAAACAUCAAGAGGGUAAUAAUGAUAUCAUUAUUUCCCAAGAUAUCAAGAUGUUUUUUGAGUGCUGUCAAACGAUUCAAAUAUUUAAUCACGAUUAAUCGCAUUCAUGUCAUAGUUAACUAUGUGAUGCACGCGUCAGGUGAGGAGCUCAGGAGUCACAAACAUUUACAGCCGUGGGAAAACUCAACCAGCAAUCAAUUGGAUUGAGAAACACAGGCUCCCUCAGCAUGAUCUGUAACUGUUUUUGAUUGAAAAAUGAAAUAUAAUAAUGUUGUCCUUGGGAGUGAGAGCUGAGCUGGCGCUCUUCAUUCCAUGGUCCCCUUUGCCCUUUGAUAGAAAAUGUGGCUCCAGAAGAGGCACAUUUUUUCUACCCGUCUCCAGGCGCCAGAGACUCCUCUGCUGCGUCUGAGUGGACGGAGACCAGCUGACCGUGAACCGGCUGAAGCUCAGAGUGGCGAUGGACUGGGAGAUGGAGAUACGCCUUCCAGCUCCAGAUAGACCAGCUGCACCUGAUGCAACAAUGAACAGGUCAAAUACCAGAGAAUUAAGUAAAGUCAAAAGUAUCUGAGGAACACCCCUGCGUAGACAUGUCACUAUCUACUUCAGAAAGACGUGAGAGAGCACAUAAUGACCCUGUGAUUAGAAUUCCAACAGUGACGUGCCGUCAUGGGCACUGCCUACCGUGCCAGAAUCGAAACGUAUAAUUGUUUAUUAAAAACAAUUAUUUAAUAAACUUGUAUUUCUAUUUUUACAGUUUAUUGUUGUGGUUUAUAUAUAUAUAUAUAGUAUGUGUUAUUCCAAUUGUUUUGACGUUACUCAUCAAAUACAAAAGAAAUGGUAGAAUAAAGCAGUGCUUUUACUGUCCGUUCACUGCAGACAAGUGAAAAACCCACUUUGCUUCUGUGUUCUUUAACUUGUACGGCAAAAAGCACAGCUCUGUUGUGCCUUUACGUGUGAAUGUGUUACGCCGGUAAUCGAUCAACCAACAACAGCAAACAUGGACAAAUUAAAAUGGAGAUGUUACUGCUACAAGGAACAAAAUGAAUACUAGGAGUAAAAAAGAAAACAAUUAAACAAUGUUUUGCUUCAAAUACAGGAGUUACUAUGACAUUUCCUAGAAUGCAAUACGCAACAGCAGACAAUCAUGAUACCAGAUUACGUAAUAUUCAGCCAACAUUGCAUCAUUUGCAGCUUAACUUAAAGAGUACAUCCACACAACUAUACAAAGAAAAACCACAAAAUACUUAUUUUAAGAAUGAUAAGUCAUUUAAAAUAUAGACAAACCUUGAGCACGUAUUUGCCGUUUUUUUUUUACUUCAAUAUAUAAUAAUACAUAAAGACAAGCAUAUACUUCUUCAUUUCUGUAUUUUCUCAUUCCUAUGGUGAACGACUCUAACAUCUGUAGGAACACCUUGAUGUUGUACCCUGCACUGCCCUGUGGGGCUGCAGUGGCCUUUCACUAAUAAGCUUAAUAGGAUUCACGUUCUAAAAUGCAAAGAAAAUCUUAAUAUAAAUGGUGAAUACAAUUUAAACUCAAAGUAGAGGCAGGUCCUUCAUAUUAGAUUAUUACAUUACAUGUCAUUUAGCUGACGCUUUUAUCCAAAGCGACGUACAAUAAGUGCAUUUCCACAUAGAGAUACAAACUCAGAAGAACAAGUAACAAGAAAGUACAUUUUUCAUCAAAUAAGCGGUUUCAAAACAUGUUAUAGAAAAGUGCCAUUAUAAGUACAAUUUAAGUGCUACCAUUUGUUAGUGCUACGGUUUGCUAAUGUUUUAGUCAAGGUAGAGUCUGAAAAGGUGUGUCUUGAGUUUUCGACGGAAGAUGUAGAGGCUCUCUGCGGUCCUGAUGUCAUCGGAGAGCUCAUUCCACCAUGUGGGAGCCAGGACAGCGAAGAGUCGUGAUCUCGUCGAGUGCUUUUCUCUCAGAGAGGGAGGAACAAGCCGCUUGGCAGAUGCAGAUCGGAGUGUGCGAGUUGGGAUGUAGGGUUUCACCAUGUCCCGGAUGUAGACUGGUCCCGAUCCAUUCACAGCAUGGUACGUCAGUACCAAUGUUUUGAACUGGAUGCGAGCAGCUACUGGUAACCAUUGAAGAGAACGGAGAAGUGUCCCAAUCUACACGUCCCUGCACAGUGGAUGACUCCUGAGCUACUGUUUUUAUGGCCAUUGAACAAAGCGCUCACAAACGAGCUCACAGCGGCAGACAGUGAGUUAUGCAGAAUCCAUAGGGGGCCGUUUAGGACUUUACUACUGAGACACUGUCACACACUACUGAGACACUCAA